AUCCUUUUCGGUCUGACGCGACGAGACGAUCGCAAGGCAGAGCGCCAAAAUGGCAGGACGGUCGCCGCUGCUGGUCGCAACCCAUGUCGCUGAUCCUGACGACGACGACGACGACGACGACCCGCUGGUUGGAUUCAGCAGCGAUGAAGAGCCAGAGCCAGUCCCACCGCCGCCGCUGCCGAUGCCGAAUACACCACUGCAGCCAACGGUGAAAGCAGAGGCGGUCAAUGCAGACCAACCGGGCGUCGAGCCAGUCCCGUCCUCUGCAGCCUCUGCAUCUGCAUCGACGUCAACGCCAUCAUCGGCAGCUGCUGCGCCCAUGCCCGAUUCGGCGGCGACGACGACGACGGGCGAAUGGGAGAACAUGAUUGGCGGGGUCUCAGUCCGAUUCCCAUUCCCGCCAUAUCCGACGCAACUGACCAUGAUGCAAAAGGUCAUACAGGCGCUUGAAUCAAAACAGAACGCUCUGCUCGAAUCGCCAACUGGAACUGGCAAGUCACUUACAUUGCUAUGCUCAGCCCUGGCAUGGCGCCGGUCGUACUUGAACAAGGUCAAUAUGCAACACAGUGAAGAGCUGCGAGUACUUGCCGAGGCGGAACUGGCGGCACAGCAACAGGCCGAGCAGUUGCUUGCAGCUGCUCAAGCUGCCUCAACCGAUCAUUUCCCUUCGACAACAACCACCGAUGCGACAUCCUCUCACCCCGAACCGUCUUUGCAUGUCGAAACCAACAACACCAUUGACGCGGUCGAACCGAUGGACGUGUCUGAAUCGACGAGCGACUCUCAAGCCACCCUCGUCCAAGAAGACCUGAGCACGGAGCUCUCGCCCGCACACACACCAGACCCACCAGAGCUAUUCAGCACGCCACGAAGCGACCAAUCCAACCUACUCUCCACGCCCGCCAUGAGUGUGGAUGUCACCUCCCAAUCCCAAGAACAGGACUACUAUGCCCUGUACUCUAGUCCUGCAGUCACAACUUCUUCGAUGGAUGGCUACAGUGGCCGACUGGGAUACACUCCUCAAUGCUUUACCCCUCAGAAGCGUCGCCAAGUGUCCAACCCCGAAUCCCCGGAACCAUCACAACCAUCUGAACUCGCCAGUUUCGUGCUCGUGCCUCCACCAAAGCGCGCGCGCAUCGACGACGACGACGACGAUGACCAGUCCGACAACAGUUCGCCUCGCCUAUCAAGUGAAGCCCAAGCAAGCAACGCUCCCACCAUAGCUCCUGCAGACCCUUCUUUCAGCAUCCCGCUGAAAACGGAGGCAGACAGGAAGCCAAACCCAGAUUUACCUAGACGAACGGCGCCAGAUGACCUUCCUAUUAUUUACUUUACGACCCGAACGCACAAACAAAUCGCCCAGAUUGUGCGCGAGCUGCGCCGGAUUUCCUACUUGACAGACUCUGACUCGCCAGACUUGAUGACCAUAUUGGCGAGUCGCAGCAAAACUUGUGUCCACCCUCUUGUGAAUUCGGGCAAACCAGACGAGAUUCGAGAUCGCUGCAACGAGGCCGUUCAGGCAAGGCGGUGCUCGCAUCGAGAGAAGACCACCACCAUGGUUGACUCGUUCAGACGAAAAUCCGAGUAUAUCGUGUGGGAGAUAGAAGAUCUGAUAUCCUUUUCCGAUAAAAGCGGUGGUUGUCCAUAUUUCGCGACGCGCGAGAUGGCUGGGUUUGCGAAUAUCGUGCUCUGUCCGUACAAUUACGUGCUCGACCCAGUAAUCCGCAAAAACAUGGAGAUUGAUCUGAGCAACAACAUUGUGAUUGUGGACGAGGCACACAAUAUCGAAGACGUGUGCCGUGACUCGCUGAGCAUGUGCGUGAGCAAGAGCCGUCUCGAUUACCUCGUCAGCUCCAUGGUAGUGCGUUCCGUCGAAGUGGCCGACAACAUGUGGCGAGUCUCGCAAAGCCAGUCCCCCGAGCCACACGCACCGAUGGCCGUACCGCUUCUACAACAACGGCGAGCCCAGUUUCGAAACGAGGCGCAGCGGAUUGCAACGUCUAUUGCAGCCCUACAGCUGAAUUUCCUGCCGCCGCGACUGGCAUUGGAGAGUGCCCAGCAAGGUCUCUUGACAAACCUCGCAGCAGUCUGUGGUCUGAUGAUGAUCAUGUGCAGGCACUUGCGACGGGUUGAGCAGGAGGGUGCUGCCAGCUAUGGCCAGAGACAAACCAGGUUUAUCGGGAGCCAAAUUCCAGCAGGAUUGACUGAAGUUGGAUUUCUUCCGUUCACGCUUGCUCUGUUUGAGGUACACUACAAGGCAAUACUCGAGGAAGAGAAGCACCGUCGCUUUGAGGCCGAAAAGCGGAAAAAACAUGCUUCCAGGGAUGAGACUGCUGCUGCUCGUCCUCCUGAAGAGACCCUAAUGACAAGUCUCAUACCCGCCGUUGUGAGCACCUUCUUGGAGCGCUUCUUUGUGAUUGUCCCCUACCUGGUCCAGCCAAACACGUGGGGCGACUUUGCACUGUUUGCUUCCAGGUCGGAUGCACAGGACCGCUCGAGUCAACGCGGGACGAUCGCUUAUGAAGAAGAAGAUGCUCCCAUCACCACUGCGCUGGAAAUAUGGUGUCUCAAUUCCGCGCUGUGCUUUUCCGAUUUUCGAGAGGGUGUCAGAAGCGUCAUCCUGACAUCCGGCACCCUUUCCCCCAUGAACUCGUUUGCCUCGGAGCUUGGCACUGCUUUUCCUGUGGUGCUUGAAGGAGCUCACGUCAUUCCGCCAGACCACACGUUUGUGCGAUGUCUUUCGCGCGGCCCUUCAACAAAUGCGUUGCGGGCCACCUACAGCGUGCUGUCCGACUACACGUCGUCAACCAUUUUUUUUGAUGAUGUCGGCUCCAUCAUUUCUCAAGUGGCGCACACUGUGCCCAGAGGUACCGGAACUCUUGUCUUUUUUGCAUCGUACAGCAUGAUGGACAAGGCGGCAACGAGGUGGAGCCAGUCUGGAUUUUUGAACGAGCUCCGAUUGACGCACCAAGUUGUCUUUGAGCCACGCGAAGCCAAAAUGCUCGAGGAGACGAUGCGAAUGUUCAAUCUCGGGAUUUACACAUCGCCCCCACCCGCCCACCCCCAGCUUCCUCGAGGCUCGGUCAUGUUUGCCGUGUGCCGAGGCAAGGUCUCUGAGGGCAUCGAUUUUGCCGACAACCAGGCGCGCGCUGUGCUUGCCGUCGGGAUUCCCUUCCCCAACCUCGGGACCGACCAGAUUGUGAUUAAGCGGUCGUACAAUGACCUUCAUGCGAGUGAACGCGACCUCCUGACCGGAUCUCAAUGGUACGACAUCCAGGCCUACCGAGCACUCAACCAGGCGCUCGGACGAUGCAUUCGACACCGAAAUGACUGGGGUGCCAUUCUGUUGCUCGAUGAGCGUUUCAGGCAUGCCAAUGCGAUCAACAGCCUAUCCCGCUGGGUCCGCCAACGAUUGCAGCACAACACAGAGCUGCCCGAGCUGCUGACGCAUCUGCGAAGCUUUGUUGCGACUCGCGUGGCCAUGUGUCAAGUCGCGUUGCUGCAGAAGCGAAAGACGGAAGCAGCGUCCUCGUCCUCUGCAGCGUCCUCGUCCUCUGCAGCUUCCUCAUCCUCGGCAUUUUGGUCUUCCUCCUCUGCGCCGCCUCCGCCAGUGAGUGUGGUGACCCAGACUUCGUCGGUGUCAAACCAGGACGCCGGGCACGCGACGAAUGUAGUCCCGAAGAGCGAACCGCUGUCUCAAGCCGAUGCCGGCCCGCCGUCGCCCGUCGAGGCGAUUGUGCUCGUCCCAGACUCUCCCGACAACGAGGGCUCGGGUGUUGUGCUCGACGUUUUAUCGUCCCCUCCAUCCGCCGGUGAAGGCAACGCGGACCACGACGACAUGGCGGUGGACGAUUCGGAUUGCGUGCUGCUCGCGGCAUCCGCAGCGGCGCCUGCUGCCGGUGUAGUGCUCGAGGAUGACGCGUUCGACGUUUCCCCAGGGGUGACAGAGCUGCUAUCCCCAUCGUCGAUCGUUCUCGACAGUGACUCUUUCGAAGACGACGUUUCAAUUUCUCGCGACAAUAUUUCCGUUGUCGAGUGAGACAAACGUUU